AUGAUUCAGCUAGAAGGUCGUGGAAACAAAGCAGCCUGCUCUCUAUGUCGUUGCGGAGGCGAGGACCUGCCCAUUUACAGGUGCAGGGACUGUUUUGGGAUAGAGAUGGUUUGUCAGAGCUGCGUGGUUGAAUGUUAUAGAUGCAAUCCACUGCAUCGAAUAGAGGAAUGGAUGCAAGACUUCUUCAAGUGCGUCUCACUCAAGUCCCUUGGUCUCCGCAUUCAACUUGGUCACAACCCUGGCGAGGUCUGUUUGAACAAACAGAGGGCGAAUGGGGACAACUUUACCGUUGUUGAUGCCCACGAGAUCCAUGAAAUCGGCCUCGAUUUCUGUGGCUGCGAGACGGCACAGAUCCAUCACAUCCAACUCCUCUGUGCUCGCUGGUUCUCUGCCACGUCCUCCAAACCUCAAACAGCCGCUACAUUUGCUGUUAUGGAGUUUUUUCAUUUACUCUCAUUUGAAUCUAAAGUUUCACCUUAUGAAUUUUACCAUAGUCUUUCCCGCCGCACAGAUAAUACCAGGAUUACACCAAUCAAGGAUCGUUAUUCCGCGUUCCUUCGCAUGGUGCGGGAGUGGCGGAACCUGAAACUUCUCAAACGCUCAGGGAGGGGACACCACCCCAAUGGCAUUGGUACUACACAAGAAGGUGACUGCGUCGUCCUUUGUCCUGCAUGCCCGCAACCAGGGAUAAACCUUCCAGAGGGAUGGGAGAAGGCGGAGCCCAGAUGGGUAUACGCACUUUUUCUCUCGAUUGAUGCUAAUUUUCGUUUGAAACGGAAAGCAGUGUCGAGUGACAAGCGUGACCCCAGCCUCAAUAAUGGGUCAUCUUAUUUUGUAGAAGAAAAACACUACAAAUCUUACCUGGCUGAGCGAGUCACACUGCCACAAGAGCGAAGCGCGUGCAUUAGUCAUAACGCAGUCAAUAUGGCGGACACGAAGUCUUCAAGAGGCCUUGCUGCGACUGGUGUAGGGACCAUAGAUUGUGCUCGCCACGAGAUGAAGCUCGCAAGUGGAGUAGGCGAUCUCCAAAAGGGGGAGAAAUACAUAAAUAUGGAUUAUCUCGUAUUUUCCGUCAUCGUUGGCAGUGGUGCAGCUGUCCUUAAUUUGUCUUAUGAUAUAGCCUGCCAAUGGCACAAAAAGUUAUGGGCACGCUUGGCCUCAAUGCCUGAUAGGCUACAGUUCGACCGCAAGAACAAGACAGUGCGAUUUUUCGUGCCAAAGUUCCACAUCAAUGCACACAUCCCCGCCUGCCAGACAAACUUUUUGUUCAAUUACUCUAAGGGUGUCGGUUGCACAGAUGGAGAGGCACCAGAGAGAGGUUGGGUGAACGUGAACAGGGUGGCUACCAGCACUAAGGAGAUGGGUCCCGGGGCUCGUCGCGACACCCUGGACAAUAAUUUUGGCGAUUGGAACUGGAAAAAAGUGACGACAUUCAGUCAUGUUCUACUACACAAACUGAAGGAAUCUGUGAGGAGUGCCAAGAUUCAUGGUGACGAGCUAGCGGAGCUGCAGAGCACGAUAGAUGAUGUGUCCCUGAAUGCAUGGAAAUCCGAAGUUGAGGCUUGGGAAGAUGAUAGUUCGCAGCCCAACCCAUUUGAGAGCCGCAUAGCGCCAAUGACACAAAUGACCGUUCGACUUCAACUGGCCGAGAAUGAGGCUCACGACUUACAAGCUGGCAUAAAUGUAUCUCUACAUGACGAAGUAUCACUGUUCAUACUUAUUUCUACCGGCUUAGAUCUAGAAGACCAACAGCGUCGUCUAUGCGCAGAUGCCACUACACUCGGAGUUCACGCCACUGAAAUCCAGAAAGCCAAGAUUUGCACCCGAAGUAACGCACUCCUACGCAAGAUCGAAUUGUGGACAACAAUCCAGACACUAUACAUGCCUACAGUUUCCUUACUUCGCUCAGCAUCAGAACUCACGCGGGAGGCAAGUAACAAUGCAGACAGACCAGAAAAUUUACUGCUCUGGCUCCCUUCCUCGCUAGGUACAGAAUAUUCCUGCGACCGCAAGCUGCAAGAGCUCGAAUGGGACCUCUGCUUCGCUCAAGCACACGAUGCCUUAAAUAAACUCAAAUACGACAUGGCUCAUGCUGCGCUGAUUGUUCUCGGUCCAAUUCUGGGUAAGGUCGCUUGGGAGGGGAAAUUACGGGUUCUGCAUGUUGCAGACCUGCGUACAUUAGGUGAUAUCGGACCUGGUCAGUCGGAGGGCACGAGAGACAUAUCAUGGAUCUGGAAGGUGCUGGGUGCCUUGGAUAAUGACAACGCAGGCCUGCAAGAUUGUCUAUGGAUUGAAUGGUGCAAAGCACGUGCACGCGAAGGACGGUGGUCCAAAGAAGUAUUACUGCUCCUCGAGGAAAUGCGAAGGGUCAUUGAGUUUUUUAAGUGGCAGGCAAAAUGGUGGAAAGAUCGUGGAACUGCAGCCAUCUUUGUGAAACCUGCUCAUCAGGAAGGGGGUCUUGCAUAUGCAGCACGGCAAGCUCAUAUACGGCUCACAAUGGUUAAGCACGUUCAAGAGCUUUGGGUAGCUGUUCCCUCAAUUGUACAGUCUCAGCUCCUUCCAGACGACGAAGAUGACACUGCGGAGACGGCUGAUGUAUUACUGACCAUAGAGGGCCCACCUGCAGACGACAAAGAGGGCUCACCUGCAGAUGACAAAGAGGGCACUGACAUCUGA